GCAAGUGGAUUUUGCUAUUUCACACAGUAAAAUCCAGCUGCAAAGUGCACUGAAAGUGCAUUAUUCUGCAUGUGUGGAACCUGGAGUAACCAGUGCCUGCCUACAUGCGCCUGCAACGGGUCGGGAUGGCACACCCGCGUGGCUUCGGCUGUUCCCACGUGGACCAGCCUAGCCAGGCAGCUGGAGUUCCCGGCCCUUUCCUCCCUUCUGCGCGACGCCCCUCCCGGAUCCUGCCUCGUUCCCUUCACGGAGCUGGCGAGAGGCUCGGACUCGGCCCUCCUUCUUGGGGGCCUCGCCCCAUCUGACGUGGCAGCCGCCCUCGGAAGAAGCAGAAGGGACGGAGGUCUGAUCGCCUGCCCAGAUCGGCCUGCCUGUGGCGGCUGCGAUGGGGCGGCUGCGGUGGGGGUCCUUGCUGCCGCUGCUCCUCCUCCUCCUCCUGCCCCGGCCGACGCGCAACCUGGAACUCAACUGGAGCCGCCUGGAGGGCCUGGCGCGGGGCAAAGUGGAGUCUUGUGGAGGAUGACGAUUGAACCGCUUGAAAGAGGUGAAGGCCUUCAUCACAGAAGAUCUCCCUCUUUACCACAACCUUGUCAUGAAGCAUCUCCCCGGAGCUGACCCUGAACUCGUGCUGCUGAACUUGAAAUAUGAAGAGUUGGAGAGAAUUCCAUUGAGCGACAUGACCCGGGAAGAGAUUAACCAACUUGUGCUGGACUUGCGGUUCUACCGGAAGGAGUCGCCUGACUCGCCAGUACCGGAGGAGUUUCAGCUUGCCCCUGCCCAGCCCCUGCCCACCUUGGAGGAGGCUAAGGAAGUUCCUGUGGCAAAAAGAAAAGGCGUUGCAGAAGACCUCUAGAUCUACUGCUUAAGAAAACCUCAGGGGUGGAUGUCGGCAAUGGCAACACUUGGAAGACUGCCAGUGCGCCAAAAUUGCAGAUGUGUAGAUGAGCAAUGCGCCAGGAAGCUGUUGUAGUAUUUGCAAGGCUGUAUGUCUGCUGACUCUAUGGGAACACAGAAAAGUCCAAGAAUGUGAAACUGCUACAGGAUUCAAGUAUCUAGCCCUUUUUGGUAACAGACUAUGCUGUUGAUACCUGCUGAACUUUCAGAAGCUUCCUCAAUCAGUUUCCCAACUUUUAAAGCAUGGGCAUUAUACUUGGCUCUUUUCCUGCAAGCAGUAAGAACGGCAGACGGUUGUGUGCAAAUGAGAGAGUGAACGCACACUUCCCUAAUUUAUACAAGUCCCACAAUCUGCCUUUUUUUGUCGCAGACUGUGGAUCUUUAGCAUGUGGGCGAAGAGUACAAACAGCCCAGGCUUCCUGCCUGUUGUCUAGUAGUCUAUGGAGAGUGUAACAAGAGCUGUCUGAAAAAGCAAUGCCCCUUCCCUUCUGGUGUGGGGGGUAGGUCAUACCGCUGCACCUAGCCUAGAGGCAAGCCAGACCUUUGUAUCAAUCCUGUUCCUCUUCUCACAAAAGAUGCUCAGCCCAGCAUUCUGUCGGUCUUCGCAAGAUGGCAGUCCUGUUCUUUGUUCUGUUGUAAUUGCAGCGUGUGGAACACCUUUCCUUCCUGGUGCAGAGAAUGAGCUGCUUUGUUUUGGGUUGUUGUUUUUCCUGCAGCAGUGCCGUAGCUAUAUGGGACAGGAUGAAGCCCUCUGCUUAAAGUUCUUGGUGCCGAGGGCGGAUAACAUCGUCCCAUCAGGCUUUGGAACAUGCUGGAAAACAUAGGCAGCAUCACACACCCCAUCAUCAGGUGUGCCUAAAAAUAGUAAAGCCUCUUUGGUCUGCA